AUACACACUUCCAGAAGCUCUGGGAUCAAAAUACGUUGGGGAGAUAAAUGAUGGGAUGUUUCAUGGCUCUGGGACACUAUUAUUUGAUAAUGGUAGCAAGUACGUUGGGACAUGGGAAAAUGGCAUAGCAAUUGAGGGUCAAUUUACAUUUGCAGAUGGACUAAAAUACGAGCCAACAGAUUGGAAAUACUGCGAUGGUUACGACAGAAGAUUAUAUACUGAAAUUUGUAAUGGUCUAAAACCUGCAGGUCGUUCUCAACUUACAAACGGUGUUCCCCCUCGCCAAAUUCCAGAGGGCUGUUACGAUUGUGGUGAUGGAUUUUAUAAUCCCGCUACACGAGUUGUAUUGGAUUAUCAGAAUAGAUUCUUACGUAAUGCAGAUGAUGAUGAACAUGCCUGGAUUGUAAAAACAUGUCGUAAAGGUUGGGAUGAAAAUAUUGGUUACACACCAAAUCCAAGCUUCAAGAAUCUCUCACAGUGA